AUGAAAUUUAAAAAGCUCGUAGAAGAAACACAAAAGUCGUUGGAGAGCGUGUCCCGAUCAAAACACUGCCUAGAAAUAUCGCCAUCCAUAAAACAGCCAUCAACAAGCAGAGCUUGCACAAGUACUGAUGGUUCUUUGUUGUCAUCUAAUCGUAGAAGAAACCUGGACUUCACUUCAUUGUUUUCUUCCGAUGUAAGUCAUAAAUAUUCAUAUCUCAGUGUCAUUUGCCGUGUUUCGAAAAUGUGUUAUGCAUAUAAUUAUAAGUGUAUAUGUCAUAUGUAAAAUAAAAUACAUGUAAAACUUUGACGUUUUAUAAUAAUAGCGGCUACUACAGGGUGUCCCAAAAAAAAGUGACACUAUAGAAAUUAUCUCAUUGUUCUUAAGCCGCUCUUAAACGCGCGUGAUUACACGCCUGGAAAUUUAAUGAACUUGUAUUUACAUUUAAGCAUUUUAAAACGUUUUUGCUUUGUCCAAAUAUUUUAACGCCCGAGUCAAGCAAAACGAUUACACUAAUAAACGGUUUGCUUUCUUAUUUUAAAUUCCAGAAGCAGAAGUUUAUGUACCUGUGGGAUCAACUUAGUGCUAGGGCAUUCAAAUUAUAACAAUAGGAUAAUUUCUAUAGUGUCACUUUUUUUUGGGACACCCUGUAUAAACUUCCCCGACGAAGAGCCUUCAUUCGAAACGUCUAAGUUUUCCUUGUAUUUUUCAGGAAGUUGCAUCCCUAUUUCUCUGGUGUUUUUGUCACCUACACUGGCACAGACCGUUCGAGAGUUUAUGUAAAAUAAACUUUUAUAAUGUUCAGAUAUGUUGCUGCUUGGCUAACAAAAUAUGUGUAGACAAUUCAUUACUUAUAAGUAUCAAAUAUUUUUAUUAUUUAAAAAAGCUUGUUCUAAUAAUAUAAAUAACAUGAAGGUAUUUAUAUUGUAAAUUUUAAAGCCAACAUACAGAUAAUGAAACUAUUUAUAUAAAACAUGUGUGUUUUUGAGCCAUUUCAAAUUGAAUUCCUGGUUAUAGAGGCGUUACUGUAUUUAAUUACUGUGUCAUGAUAUAAUAAAAGUUGUAGUUGUUACAUUUUCUGUUUCUAUAAUAAAAAAGUUACAUUUAAUAGCUAUCUAUUGUGUUAACUAUAUGUUGCAAUCAUGUUUUUAGGAUGACGCUUCACAGUCCAAUGAUGAUGUGGAUGAUCCCUCCAAGCCUACCAUACCUCUCCAUUUAAAACAGUUUUGGAAAUGGCUAAACAAGAGUUGUUUGAAAUUGCUCGACGAAAUGACCCAUCAGUCCUUUGAGAAAGGUCGUACAAGGGGAUGUCACAAGACAACUGGAUGA